AUGUCGGAAAUAUCUUCUCUUGGCGCUAUUUUCACCGAGGACCAAAAGAAUAGUAGCGUGGAGUUGGCUUUUAAGUAUGCAGUAUACAAAAUAAACAAAGACAGAGAUUUGUUACCUAAUACGACGCUCGUCUACGAUAUCCAAUAUGUGCCAAGGGAUGACAGCUUUAGGACGUCUAAAAAGGGCGCUAUUUUCACCGAGGACCAAAAGAAUAGUAGCGUGGAGUUGGCUUUUAAGUAUGCAGUAUACAAAAUAAACAAAGACAGAGAUUUGUUACCUAAUACGACGCUCGUCUACGAUAUCCAAUAUGUGCCAAGGGAUGACAGCUUUAGGACGUCUAAAAAGGCCUGUCGUCAGAUGGAAUUCGGCGUUCAAGCGAUAUUCGGCCCGUCGGAUCCAAUAUUGGGCGCGCAUAUUCAGAGCAUUUGCGAGGCCCUGGACGUGCCGCAUCUCGAAGCCCGAGUAGAUUUCGAACCGUUGUCCAAGGAGCUGUCGAUCAACCUGCACCCCAGCCAGGAGCACAUGAACAAAGCGUUCAAGGACCUGAUGAUGUUCCUCAACUGGACAAAGGUCGCCAUUAUCUACGAGGAAGACUACGUUCCACUUAUAGGGGGAAAAGGGCUGUUCAAGCUGCAGGAGUUGGUUAAGGCCCCUGCUGCGGCUCGGACUGAGAUGUACAUUCGACAGGCGAGUCCCGCCUCGUAUCGACAGGUUCUAAGGGAGGUCAGGCAAAAGGAGAUUUAUAAACUCAUCGUCGACACCAAUCCCAGGAAUAUACAGCAGUUCUUUAGGGCGAUACUCCAGUUGCAAAUGAACGACUACAGAUACCAUUAUAUGUUUACUACAUUCGAUCUCGAAACAUUUGACCUGGAAGAUUUCAAAUACAAUUCCGUAAACAUAACGGCUUUCAGGAUUGUCGACGUUGAUCACUACAAAGUAAGAGAGGCCCUAGAAGUUAUGGAAAAGUUCCAGCCAAUCGGCCACGCCAUUUUAAACAGAAGCGGGAUUAUACAGGCGGAGCCAGCGCUAAUGUUCGACUCCGUGUAUGUAUUUGCAAAGGGAUUAUCGGCCAUGGACUCCGGUCACUCUAUUAAACCAAUGAAUUUAUCUUGUGACAUCGAGAAGCCAUGGGAUGAUGGAUUAUCCUUAUACAACUACAUUGAUGCAGUGAGCGGACUGCACGGCCUGACGGGGAACAUAGAAUUCAACGAAGGCAAAAGGUCCAACUUCAAAGUGGACCUGCUGAAACUGAAGAAGGAGGAGAUCCGCAAAGUGGGACAGUGGACUCCAGACGGCGGCAUUAACAUCACUGACCCCAACGCUUUCUACGAGAAUCACGCCCCUAAUAUAACCCUCGUUGUUAUGACAAGAGAGGAGCGUCCGUACGUAAUGGUGAAAGAUGAAAAGAAUUUAACGGGGAAUUCCAGAUAUGAAGGUUUCUGUAUAGACCUAUUAAAGUGGAUAGCUGCACAGGUCGGUUUCCAAUAUACAAUACGACUUGUUCCGGAUCAUAUGUAUGGCGUUUACAACCCCGAGACUAAGGAGUGGAAUGGCAUCGUUCGGGAGCUAAAGGAGAAGAGAGCGGAUCUGGCUGUGGCUUCCAUGACCAUAAAUUAUGCCCGGGAAAGUGUAAUAGACUUCACGAAGCCAUUCAUGAACCUCGGCAUAGGGAUCUUGUUUAAGGUCCCCACUAGCCAGCCCACGCGCCUAUUCAGUUUUAUGAACCCGUUAGCCGUGGAAAUUUGGCUGUACGUCUUAGCGGCGUACAUGCUGGUGUCGUUCACAUUGUUCGUAAUGGCUAGAUUUUCCCCAUACGAAUGGAACAACCCGCAUCCCUGUCACCAGGAGUCCGACAUAGUCGAGAACCAGUUCUCCGUCUCCAACAGCUUCUGGUUUAUAACAGGGACGUUUUUACGCCAAGGAUCCGGACUGAAUCCAAAGGCAACCUCGACGCGGAUAGUGGGAGGCAUUUGGUGGUUUUUUACUCUCAUAAUAAUAUCAUCGUACACUGCGAAUUUGGCGGCCUUCCUAACGGUCGAACGCAUGAUUACCCCCAUUGAGAACGCCCAAGACCUCGCCGAACAGACCGAAAUCUCCUACGGAACACUCGAGGGAGGAAGUACUAUGACCUUUUUUAGGGACUCGAAGAUAGGGAUAUACCAGAAGAUGUGGCGCUUCAUGGAGGGCAAGAAGCCGCCGGUAUUUGUGGAAACCUACGAGGAGGGCGUUCAAAGAGUGCUCGAAGGAAAUUAUGCCUUUCUGAUGGAGUCAACUAUGCUGGACUAUGCAGUUCAAAGGGACUGUAAUUUGACGCAAAUUGGUGGACUCCUGGACUCCAAAGGAUAUGGGAUAGCGACGCCAAAGGGCAGUCCUUGGAGAGAUAAAAUAUCUCUGGCUAUCCUGGAGCUCCAGGAGAAAGGAGUGAUUCAAAUUCUGUAUGACAAGUGGUGGAAAAACACCGGGGACGUUUGUAACAGAGAUGAUAAAAGUAAAGAGUCCAAAGCCAACGCCCUGGGGGUAGAAAAUAUCGGAGGCGUUUUCGUGGUACUGCUGUGCGGCCUCGCUUUAGCGAUUCUAGUCGCGAUCCUCGAGUUCUGCUGGAACAGCAAGAAGAACGCGCAGACGGACCGACAGUCGCUGUGCUCGGAAAUGGCGGAGGAGUUGCGGUUCGCGGUGCGAUGUCACGGUUCGAGGCAGCGACCGGCUCUCCGGAGGUCGUGCACGAGGUGCAGUCCUGCCACCACGUACGUACCAGCGGCGCUGGACCUGCCGCACAUCAACGGGGAGAGUGUUAUCCUACCGAUGAUGGAUAUGAAAAAGUCACCAAUCACAUACGAUGUGGACACCUAG